AUGAAACUGAAUGAAGACUUUAUUAAAAUAGAGAGCAAAACACUGAAAACCCAUUUACUCGAUCCCACAGAACUUUAUAUCAAUGAAAACGGCAAUUAUAUAAUCUAUGAGACCAUUGGCUCCUAUUUCAUCUGUGCGAUGGAUAUUAGCCGACCCAACACUUACGGCCUGACGAGUACACACAUACUGCCCAACACUUUGAGGGCGAACUCCAAGCUAUCCAUCGAUUGGAUUCACGACUUAUUCUAUUGGAUCAAAGAUAAGAAGCAAAUACUUGUGUCGGAGUUUGCGAGCCUUCAUCAGCCCAUUGUCUUCGCCAACAAAGUGUUUGACUCGAUCACCACUCUGGCCGUCAAUCCCAUCGAUUCACUGGUCAUUUGGGUUGAGUUCGACAGCGAAUACAACGAGUAUUUACUGCAGAAGACAUCACAAGACGGGUCCAACAGAACACAGAUCUAUAAAUUCAAACUUCUCAUCAAAACUCUUGACUUUGAUUAUCAAUUGAAACGCAUUUAUUAUUUAUCUGCGUUUGAGUUGAGCUCAAUUGCAUACGACGGCACCGGUAGGCGAGUGCUGGUGCCCGAAGCUAAUGCCAUAUUUCAGUUCGAGAUAUUUCGUAACCAUCUCUAUUGGAUUGAAUACUCGGAUAACAAACUAUUCAGAUCUCAUUUGACACAACCCUCGAGUGCUCAUCAAGUAUUCAAUCUUAACAACACAGUCAAUAGGUUUGAGAUCACAGGCCCCGGGCGCCAACCAUUUAAUAUCAACCGAUGUUUUAUGGCUAAUUGUACGGACCUAUGUCUGCCGGUUGAUCACCAGUACUACCGGUGUGUUUGUCAGCAAGCAAUCGGUGGCACUAUACUGAUCACUGGCCUAUUGAUUGGUGCCGUUAUCGCUGCCAUAGUCAUCAGGAUCUACACGAAACCUGAUGGUAAACAAGUUUACGAUAUAUCACCAAACAAUACAGUGGCUACUGAUUGGGAUUCCGUGCGCUUUAAGAAAUCUGAACAAAACAUUUAUUUCGGAAAGUUUUUGGUUAAAGACGAGUACUAUUAAAAUUAUCAUCAAAUCUAUUCAAAUAGCUACCGUGCGAUGGAUAUACAUAUAUGAAGGACCAACACAACUGCAGCCGCUUCUAUAGGUGCGACAUAUCCGGCCGCUCACAGCACUUGGAUUGCUAUCCGGGGUUACUAUUCAAUGAAUACAUCAAUGACUGUGACUUUCCAUAUAAUGUUCCCGAGUGUUCACAAUAUCCAUUCCUCUGCCAAUAUUUCUCUCUGUGUUGGCCUCCAGUUAUCACAUCUCAUGACAACUCAUCCCUUCAUACAAACGCCACUCAAUUAUAAUGAAUUUAUUUCUUUAUUCUUUCCAUUUAUAUCGUACAAACAAUUUUCAUAUCAUUUGUAUUUGUAUUUAUUAUUUAUAUAA